AUGAUCACCCGCAAAAUCGUUCCCCUAAUAUUCUUUGCCUCAACAAUAUUACACAGUCUAUUGAUACCUAAAACGAAUCAGAAUAGUCUCCAAUACACCGGAUACAUCGCCAUGAUCACCUUAGUCGGUACAUGUCUUGAAUUGAUCCGUUAUCUUCAUCAAAUUCUGAAAGUCAAUGAGGUAAAACGGUCUAGAAAUGAGUUGCUGAUUGGAUACAUGGCAGUGAUUCUAUGGGCGAUGAGAUCCAGAUAUUUACUGUAUUAUUCGGGAUACGAUAAAAAGACUGUGUCCUCGCUUCAACUCAACGCGUUAAUCUAUUCUGGGAGUAUAUAUUCCUUUUUGUGUAUCACACUUCAUGCUGAUACACGUAUGCCCACUCCACGCUAUUCGGAAUUCACCGAAACUCGAAUUUAUCUCGUCGUUGCUCAUUUUUACGUAAUAUUUACUGCUAUGGAUAUGGGAAAUUGGCUCCAAGUUUUUGCAUGGAUACUCUCUUUAGCGAGCUCUAUGCACAUCUAUGAGAUUUUGACAAGCCAGAGACCUGAGCCGGCUCCUGUUGCUCCUGCCGCCUUUACCAACACCCGAGAUCGACCAGAAGCAAGAGCAGAACCGAGAACAGAAGUGCCUGACAAUCAAGAAGAAGAGGGAAAAACAAGAAUUCAAGCUAACUUCAACAUCAGGGAUCAACUAGAUAAAAGGGAGAGAUUGAUUUGUGGAGUGAUGACGGAUCUUGCUAGAAAUCGUGCCGCUGCUCCAGGAACUGAUCCAGAGGCUACCGAGAACCCAGUUGUUCCACCAAUCGUUCUUACCACAGGAAAACAGACUGGCAUUCAGACUGCACAAUAUCUCGAGUCUACUGUCGUACCGAUUCUUCAUCAAGGACUUAAAGCUCUCGCAAGGGCCCGUCCAGAGUACCCGAUCGAGUUCUUGGCCAACUUUCUCUGGUGCGAGAAGGACCGUUACAAGAACCAAAACCGUGGUGCAGAACCGAGAGCAGAAGAGAAUGGCAAUCAGGAGGAGGAAAAUUUGGGAGCAAGAAUUCAGGCUGCUUGGUGGUCGAGGGGACAAUACAUCGAAGAAAAAAACCAGAGAUGUUUUGAACUACUGAUCCAACGCUUCAAAAAUGCAGCGUCCCCUUUCGAAAUCCGGAAUGCACUCAAAAGGAUGGAGGAGAAACGCAGACAUCGAGACCAGAGAAACGAGCUCUUUGGAUUGCCGAACAUCUUGAAAGACCAUGAUUUUUUUGACGAUCUUGAAUAUGUGACCGGCAUAAAAAGGUGUAGAAAUCUAAAACAAGUACUCCCGAGGCUUACGGAACAGUGCCGUGUCAUUCAUUGCCUUAUGCAGUCCAGUGACGUUCUGGGAAGGCCAGAUGGUCUUGGAGAUCUAGCUUUUAUGGCGAAAGACGUGGAUGAGAAAAAUGGGUUCUGGGAAAGCCAGAAGGCCUGUGAGACGAAAUCUCCUGGCUAA